CUUCAUGUUCGCUUACAAGUCUCCUCGAGGCCUUUCCGAGGCCUCAUGUACAUUUUUAACAGCUUUCAUGUUCUAGUGGUAAAAAGACCAUCACAAGAGUUUGGUUUUCACGCCAAAGAGAGUUUCGCCACCAAAUUCACGUCGUGUUGCUCGGAAACGGUUCACAUUCCAACGGCCUAUUUACAUAGAAUAACAUUGGCUACAGAUAUAAUUUCACCGUUAGCGCCCAGGACCGGUGCACGGCUUGAAUUAGGGAUGGCCUUGGAUGGACAAAGGUAUCCUUUGAUGGGUCCUACCUUGAAGUUGCCCUUAGAGCAAGAGCCCAGCUGACUGCGAUUAGAACCUGUGACUACUUGUCUUUAUAAAGAUCUGAUCAUCAUUACAUUCAAAGCUGAUUUCCACCAUGUCAACGCUAUCAGAAAGCCUUCCAGUCAUUGACCUUGAUGUCUUUUUGUCUCAACCUGCACAAUCAGUCAGAGUACAAGAGGAAUGCAGCAAGGCUGCUGAUGCAUUGAUCACAUAUGGGGCACUUCUUGUUCACGAUUCUCGUGUAUCAGAGGAAGACAAUGACACUUUCCUCGAUCUCAUCGAGGACUAUUUCGCGCAGCCUAUCGAGGAUUUACAGAAGGAUGAGCGCCCAGAAAUUCAUUAUCAGGUUGGCGUCACCCUUGAGAAUACUGAGAAGCCCAAAUGUGCCGUGGACGAGCCAUGCUUGGAUAUUAUCGCCGACUUGGAUCCAGCCGAACGCCCAUUAGAUAUCUCCGGGCACCAUCCUGACCCCAAAUGCAGGUUCUUCUGGAAAAUGGGAGUUCCCCCUCCAUAUGAGACCGAGUAUCCAGCACUUAAUGCUCCGAAUGUCGUGCCGCAGGCACCUGGCAUUAGUGAGAAGUGGGAAUCCACCAUGGAGAAAUGGGGGCAUUCGAUGAAGAAUGCUGUCGAGAAUAUUGCCGAAAUGACAGCUAUCGGCCUCGGACUUCCUCGAGACUUUAUAAAGGACGCAGGGAAAUAUGGCCCACAUCUACUUGGCCCAACGGCUUCAGAUUUGGUGAAGUAUGGGCAAAAGGAUACCAUACUUGCCGGCUUUCAUACAGACCUCAACUGCCUGACGAUCCACGGUCGCUCACGGUAUCCUGGACUCAACAUCUGGGCACGUAAUACUGGAAAGCGCAUCCCCGUUAGAUUCCCACCCACUGGACGUUACCUACUCGUGCAAGCAGGAAAGCAGAUCGAACAUCUGACCGGAGGCCUUAUCAAAGCUGGGUUCCAUGAAGUAGUCGUGAACGAGGCUACGCUACAGGUUGUCGAGCGGCGUAAGGAGAGUCACACUGGCCGGCCGAAUAUUCGCAUAUCAUCAACAUUUUUCUGGCACCUCUCAUCUGAUUAUGAACUUGUUCCGAUCCCUAAGCUAUCUGAACGUGCAAAUGCGUUCAAUUCGAGUCAAACGGCCUAUCAGAGUACGGUUUAUGAGCGGAUGAAGGUUGGACAACAGGUUCAGAAUGAACUCAAACAUAUUGCUCUCAUGGCAUAAACACGGCAGCGUCUGUUGAUUAUUACAUAUGUGUAGGGAAUAUUCUGGUAGUAUGCAUGACAAGGGAUCUCCAGGACGAGGUGGACGACAGCACACCCAUGCCGUCGGACACACAUGCUCAAUAAGUGUAGAUGUGUAAAAUAUAUACCAGCAGU